AUGUCCAUGCUGCCCACCUUCGGCUUCACGCAGGAGCAAGUGGCCUGCGUGUGCGAGGUGCUGCAGCAGGGCGGCAACAUCGAGCGGCUGGGCCGGUUCCUGUGGUCGCUGCCCGCCUGCGAGCACCUCCACAAGAAUGAGAGCGUGCUCAAGGCCAAGGCGGUGGUGGCCUUCCACCGCGGCAACUUCCGCGAGCUCUACAAGAUCCUGGAGAGCCACCAGUUCUCCCCGCACAACCACGCCAAGCUGCAGCAGCUGUGGCUCAAGGCGCAUUACAUCGAGGCCGAGAAGCUGCGCGGCCGGCCGCUGGGCGCCGUGGGCAAGUACCGCGUGCGCCGCAAGUUCCCGCUGCCGCGCUCCAUCUGGGACGGGGAGGAGACCAGCUACUGCUUCAAGGAGAAGAGCCGCAGCGUGCUGCGGGAGUGGUACGCGCACAACCCCUACCCGUCGCCCCGCGAGAAGCGCGAGCUGGCCGAGGCCACCGGCCUCACCACCACGCAAGUCAGCAACUGGUUCAAAAACCGGCGGCAGCGCGACCGGGCGGCAGAGGCCAAGGAAAGGGAGAACAGCGAGAACGCCAACGCCAACAGCCACAACCCGCUGGCCGCGUCCCUGAAUGGCAGCAAGUCGGUGCUGGGCAGCUCGGAGGACGAGAAGACGCCGUCGGGGACGCCAGACCACUCGGCCUCCAGCCCCGCGCUGCUGCUCAGCCCGCCGCCGCCGCCCGGGCUGCCGCCGCUGCACAGUCUGGGCCACCCGCCGGGUCCGAGCGCUGUGCCCGUGGCGGUGCCCGGCGCGGGAGGCGCCGACCAACUGCACCACCACGGCCUGCAGGACUCCAUCCUCAAUCCCAUGUCGGCCAACCUCGUGGACUUGGGCUCCUAG